AUGAUUUCAUUAAUUUAUGCUACAGUAGGGUUCUUUCUUUAUCGGACAGCCCGGAUAAUUUACAACCUGUACUUCCACCCACUAGCCAAAGUUCCAGGUCCCAAGCUUUACGCCAUAUCGUGGUUCCCGCGUCUCUGGCGGCAACACCAAAAAGGUCGCCACCACACCGAUCUUGUUGAGCUGCACGAGAAAUAUGGGCCGAUUGUGCGUGUGGGACCGGACGAGGUAUCGAACUCAUCAGCCACGGCUUGGGAUGCUAUCGGCGGCGGCUCGCAGCAGUUUAUGCGCGAUCCUCACUUCUUCAUCGUCUCGCAGCUGCAGACGACGGGAAGCAAGAGUUUCAUCUCGUUGGAGAAAAGCGAGCACCAUUCCAUCCGCAAACUGAUGCUGCCAGCCUUCUCCAACAAGACCUAUCUGCUGCACGAAUCACUCGUCAAUGCUUGGCUGGGCAAGUUGACCAGCCAUAUUGCGUCCAGAAAUGGCACAGAGGAAAUAAACAUUGAGCGCCUGUUCGUGUGGUUCACAUUUGACGUCAUGGGCGCGCUCAGCUUCGGUGAAAAUUUCGGCUGCCUCGAUAACGAAAAGGACCACCAGUACUUGCGGGCUGCCGAGCUGGGUGCUCCGUGCCUCUCUAUCAUGCAAAUAAUCCUCCGCUUUCCCGCGACGCAGGGACUGUACGACUUUGCCCGGAAGCUGCCAUGGAUGCGUUUGUGGAACUCGUUGCGAGAAAUCUCGGACGCGUCGGCCUCGCGCUGGCUCGAGACGGUGCACGACGAGAAGCGCAACGACAUUAUGGCCACCGUUUAUCGCGGUAUGCAGAACACCAAAGACCCCAUCACUCGCCACGAGGCACUCGACGUGGCCUCCAUUUUGGUCCUUUCGGGAGCCGAAGCCACCCCCAUCCUCAUGACGGCCAUGCUGUGGAAUCUCCUCAGCAACCCGCGCUGUUAUGAGCGCCUGUGUCGUGAUGUUCGCGAAUCCGGCAUUAUCAAGGGUCCGGAAGACAUUACUGCCGCCAAUUUGGAAAAGAUACCGUAUAUGGAGGCUGUCAUGCUGGAAGCUCUCCGGUUGGAUACGCCCUUUGCCACUACCAUACCGCGCAUUGUGCCAGAGGGAGGCGCGUGGGUGGAUGGUUAUUGGCUGCCUGGGGGUACCACCUGUGGGAUACCCCACUACACCGCUGGUCACUGGGCACAGAACUUCAGUGACCCAGACACUUUUGUCCCAGAGCGCUGGAUGGCUAGCGAGCGACCCGCCAAGUACGAGACGGACAAAAGAGGUGUAUUCCGACCAUUCUCCAAAGGCAGCCUUGACUGCAUCGGCCAGCGUUUUGUGCGUCACGAGGUCGGCAUGGCCUUUGUCGCUCUGCUCUGGAACUUUGACUUUGAGCUUUCAGACAGGUCGCUCGACUGGAAAACGGCCAACGGAGCAGAGCAUAUCCGCAUCAUUCGAAAGAAGAGGCCACUUUGGGUGAAAGCCAUCCCGCGGAAUGUCUCGAGAGAAGUUUAA